GUGACGCGGCAGCGGCAGCAGGCGGGUCAUUCUCAGCUUCUCCUUCUGCUUUCAGCACCAAUGUCGGAGGUGUUUGUGUUUGUGCCUGGAAGAAAUGGACUCUGGCGAUGCACGAAUUUGAUCAUUCAGAGAUCCGAUCAGUUGAGUCUGUGAAUGGCGCCAAAACAGGACCCUAAACCUAAAUUUCAAGAAGGUGAAAGAGUCCUGUGCUUUCAUGGGCCAUUGCUCUAUGAGGCAAAGUGUGUAAAGAUCAACAUAAAGGAUAAACUGAUUAAAUACUUCAUUCAUUACAGCGGAUGGAACAAAAACUGGGAUGAAUGGGUUCCUGAAAGCAGAGUUCUCAAAUAUGUGGACAGCAACCUUGCGAAACAAAAAGAGCUUCAAAAGGCCAAUCAGGACCAUUAUGUUGAGGGAAAGAUGAGGGGUUUAGCACCAAGCAAGAAGAUUGCUGCUGUGCAGCAGAAAAAUGUUGAUCUGAAAGUGAAAAAGGCAAAGCAGAAGACCCCGGGGCCGGGUGAAGGCACCAGCAGCGGAGAAACGCCGCAGGGACCGCGGAAGAAGAGGGCUCGGGUUGAUCCCACUGUGGAGAGUGAGGAGAUGUUCACCAACCGCGUGGAGGUGAAGGUGAAGAUCCCCGAAGAGCUGAAACCCUGGCUGGUGGACGACUGGGACCUCAUCACUCGACAGAAACAGUUAUUUCAUCUGCCUGCUAAGAAGAAUGUAGAGACGGUGUUGGAGGACUAUGCAAACUAUAAGAAAUCAAAAGGAAACUCGGAUAAUAAGGAGUAUGCUGUAAACGAAGUGGUAGCGGGGAUUCGGGAGUACUUCAACGUCAUGCUGGGCACUCAGCUGCUUUACAAGUUUGAGAGGCCGCAGUAUGCCGAGAUCCUGGCUGAGCACCCAGACAUGCCCAUGUCUCAGGUGUACGGAGCUCCGCACUUGCUGCGCCUAUUUGUUCGUAUCGGAGCCAUGCUGGCCUACACUCCACUGGACGAGAAGAGUCUGGCUUUGCUGCUCACUUACCUCCAAGAUUUCCUCAAGUACCUGGUGAAGAAUUCGUCCACCCUCUUGAGUGCCACUGAUUACGAGGUCGCGCCCCCAGAGUACCACCGUAAGGCUGUGUGAGAGCACUCAGCACACAGCGCUCCUCCUAUUGAGGCACCUCUCCCACACCACAUGUAAAAUAACCAUCACUUCUCUUUAGAGUGCAGACUCGGAUGAGAUUUUCCCCUUGAACUGAUACGCUUCCUCCACAGCUCCUCUCAGGAGCUUGUCACACUUAAGAAGUGAAAAAAAAAAUAAUUUUAACUGAAUCUCCUCUUUUCUCUCACUUCUUUGAAAAGACACGAGAAAAAAAAAAAGUAUUUUCUGUCGACAAGUUACUGUUUCCACAAGCAGCUCUUUGGUGUUUUUGUGCAGUCCACCUGAUAGAUAUUUGUUGCUGUUGCAUGUACGUAUUUAUUAGUGUCCCCUUUGCCACACGAGGUGCAAUUAAAUGCACAUGGCCAGCACUCAGCAGUUGAUGUUUUUGUAUCUGUAACUUGUGCAUUUGUAUCAAUUUGUAAAAAAAAAAAAAUGUUUCUACACAAUCUCUA